UCAUCGCGAACUUUCCUUACGACGGACCAAUUCCAGGAAGUCAUUAAACUCGGUGUCCUUGGAGUGCCUAUCUGGAUCCUCUCUAUCGCCUGCAUCAAGAUCAGCGUCGUUUGUUUGCUUUUGCGUCUGUCGCAUGGUACCAUAUGGGCCAAGUUCCUAUACGCGUUGCUAGGAAUCAUAAUCUCCACAUCCGUUGCUUUCUUCCUCUUCGAUCUCCUUCAGUGUAUACCACUGGCGGCAGCUUGGGACUUCUCCAUUAAAGGAAGAUGUGUAAGUUCGCACACAUAUCAAAUCGUAUCUAACGCUACCACUGACGUCAACAUCGCCACUGACGUCGUACUGUCCCUUUUUCCGUUUACGUUCCUUCGCCAAAUGCGAAGGCCGCUUAUGGAGAAGGUGCUUGUUGGAGUUUUGAUGGCUAUGGGACUGGCAGCGGCGGCUGCUUCUAUCACGAAGGCUGUUUACGUUCGCGCAUGGGUACAUGCAGAAGAUACAUUCGCCAUCGGCUUCACAAUAUCGAAUUUGACAUGCGUUGAGAUGUUCAUCGGUAUCAUAGCAGCCUGCUUACCCAGCUUCAAACCUCCAUUACAGCGACUCCUUGUUUCUCUAGGAAUG